AUGCCAGCCGCGGAGGCCCUGGGCGCCGGCGAGCCCGACUCGCCGGCCUCGCCCGCCUCGCAGGGCUGGUCGACGCCUGGGGCCGUCCGCCGGCGCAGCUCUCAGCAGCUUUCCGUCGCCUGGGAGGACGAGACGCCUCCGGCCGCUGGGGCGGCGCCGCAAGCGCAGGCCGCGGCGUUCGGCUCCGGCAGCGUCUUCGACGUCGAUGUGCGCGCGGGCGCGCCAGCGCCCUUCGCGCUGCCCUGCGCGCGGUACCUGGAGGAGUCGCUGCUGGGCAUGCGGGUCGCCCCGAGUAACUUGCGUGAGCUGCUGGCGGUCGUCGACGGCGACUCCCAGUCGCCGCGCCGCACUUCCGCCGGCGCCGCGUGGGGCAGCUCGUCCCCGGCCGGCGCCGCCGCCUCGCUGCAGUGGCGGCGGCUCCGCCAGGUGCUGAGCUCGGCGGCGGCGCACGACGUCUGCACCGCGUUCUUCUGGCUGGCCGUGGCCGUCCUCUUCGGGAGGGCGCGCGAGGCGGACGUGCGGGAGGCGGAGAGAUCGCUGGCGAGGAGCUGGCACCGCCUCAACAUCGAGGCUGGCGAGGUCUGCUCGAGCCAGUCCACUGCCAGCUCUUACAUGGGUGCCAGGGACGAGACGCUGGAUGCGCUGCCCACUUUGAUAGUCCAGGCGGUCUUCAGGCUGCUCGUGGACGCCUUCGACGAGGAGCGUGCUGAGGUAGUGAAGCAGGCGGAGCCACUUCUCGACAAGCUGAUGCUGAUGGUGCACUACGAAGCGUCUGGCUUCCAGAUGAAUGUCUCCACCUGCCGCGAGCUGAGGCGGAAGCUCUUCCGCCAGCACGUGACGGAGCAGCCGGCAUUGGAUCUGCAGGAGUCCCUGAGGCUGCAGCAGCGGCGCGACCAGCUGGAGAGGGAGAACACAAAGGGGCAGCACCCGCUGUCCUUUGGGCCCGGCGGAGUCGGCAUGGAGGACCUGCAGCUGCAAAGCGUGCUGCAGAACCGCAGGAAGGAGAAGAAAGAGCGCGACCUCUAUCGCCGUGCCACGGGGAUCCCCCUGGGCCCAGACCCCGGCAGCCCACCCUUCGAGCUCACCGUGGACCACUACGGCAGGGUGCGCCGGGAGGGCCUCGCCAGGCUGGACGCGCUGCGGGGCGCCACGACGGAGCCCACGGCUGGCCUCGGCCCCGGCGGGGGCGACCACGAGAGCGACGCCUCUGCGUCCGCGCUCGAGGCCGCACCGGCCGCACAGGGCGAGGGCGGCCGCGAGGCCCCCGAGGGCGUCAUGACCGUCGCCCUCGGUAAGGCCCUGGCCAAGAAGGUGCGAAGGAGCGAGGUGAAGGCGGCGGAGCGCAGCCGCCGCAAGGAGCAGCUGCGCCGCCACCUGCUCGGCGAGUCGCUGCCGGAGCCGCUGCGCGCGGGCGCCAUCGAGACCUGCGGGGUGUCGCCCCUCUGCGGGUGGCUGGAGCCGAAGGUGGACGGCCGCCGGCUGGUCGAGAAGCGCAUGCGGGAGAACUUCCGGCUCGCCAUGAAGACGCCGCCGCUGCCGGGGCCCUCGGCCGCCGCCGCGGAGGCCCAGGCCGCCAGGGACCCGCGCGCCGCGCCGCUGCCGCACGUGCGCAAGGCUCCCACGGCGCGGGCCUGCGCCCGCCCCAGCGUCCUGGAGCGGGGGCCGCAGAGCGCGGGCGCCGGCAGGCCCGCCGGCCAGGGGCGGCAGGCGUGGCCCACCGCCAUGGGCGCCACCUUCUCGACCGGCUCCAGGGCCAGCCACAAGGGCGGGCUGUCAACGAGGCGGGGUUCGUUGCUGGCGGUGCGCUCGGCGGUCGCGCUCGCGACCGGCAGCAGGGGCGACGGCGACGACGACGCCUCCAGCUCCAAGAGUGACGUGGCCGCGCGGAUGACUGGCGGGCACGGCAAUGACAUACUGCCGGUCAAGAUCACCACCGACCCGGCGGAGCUGAGGGCCGCGGAGCUGGCGUACGUCACCUCCGUCCACCAGCUGGUCGGAGCCGCGGGGAAUCCCGCGCAGUCCCAGUGGGAUUCGCUCAAGUGGAGGGCGCUGAAGAGAGACUCUCCGAGGCGCUGCAUCACGUCGGGGCGCUACGCACCGAGGUGA